UCGACACGUGGAUGGCUCACCCAUAUAUAGUGCGCUGCUUGAUUAAAGCACCUCUUCAACAGCACUGUUCUGGCUGGUACUCAUAUUGGUACCUCUAGUGUAGAUCGCAUCCGGGUGGCGAAACUAUCUAUUUGAACAAAAAACCUUGUGCAAACUUGGACGGUUUUUGCUGUGGUUACUGUGGGAGAUGCAUGGCUUGGAUACUAUUCUUGUCGUGGAUGAUAUUCAAGUGUUCGUACAAAGUGUACCAAUGCGGAUCAACAAGACUGGAGGACACCCAAGGAUGUUAAAUCUUAUGCUCUGCUAAGCCUACGUUUUCUCUUGAUACGUGGAAGGAUACACGGCAAGCAAGACUGCGUCAUGGCUCUACUUGUAAGAAAGCGGACCGUUGUUGUGAUCAUGCUCACAUCCAUGGUCUGGGUGUUUAUGGAUAUUUUCUUCUUCAUGAGGAAUAGCGACUUCGUGAAAAUGUCUGAUUCGGAGAGGCUGAAGGAAAAGGUGAGAGAAUAUGCCGUGGAAAAAGUCACCGUGCGACCACCGGAAGGUAAGGAAGGGAUUCGAGACGUGUACCACACGGAAGCAGCUCUACACACCCAGCGCCAUCAAGUGCAGACCUUGAAAGAACAAAUAUUUCCACCCAAUCUUGAACUGGAAUCGAAAAGUAGCGUCCACGAAGAUUUUCUGGUCACAGAUUACACUGAAGAUGACGGAAGAUACAAUUAUAAUGCAUACCCUGUUAUAUUUGACGAUUUUCAACAGGAAACGGAAGACAAAUCUGAAGAUAAAAACGACAUUGAAACGCCACCUGUAAAGAUUCCACAACAGGCCAAAGAUGACACAGAAAGUUACAUAAUCACCCAUGAUGCCACAGCUAAAAUGGCGGACCAAAAACGGAACGAAGAGGAAACACUUGAUUAUGAUCAAGUUGAUGAGCUUAGAAAGAAGUAUGAACUCGUGACUAUGUCGGAACUUAUGUACAACACUCCUUCACCCUGGGUAGCAUCGACACGCAAAACUGUUUACGAUGACGUCCUAAUCACAGAACGCUUGACGAAUCAAACAAUGAAGAUAUCUCACACUGAAAACGUCGAACAGCGGAAAGAACAGCUCAAAGAGAAAAUCUCACCAACCGUUACCGAAUCUGUAGCAGCUACGACAAAAAAGGCAACAUUUGCAAACUUUAUGGCUCGCCUGCCUUUUUUGGUGAAAAACGAAGCCCCCGGACCAUAUCGUAACCAGUAUGACCCCACGGAGUUGGAAGAGACCAUCCCUAAACACACCGUACUAUCCAUGAACUCCGUGACGAUACGAAAACCUCCUCACAGUCCCGGGGAGGCAGGAAGACCCGUCACGACUAAGAAGGAAGACGACGCGAUGGUGAAGAGCAUGUUUGCGGAGGCGUCUUUCAAUGUGUUUGUCAGUAACCUCAUCUCUGUGGAGAGGACCAUUCCCGACCUUAGGCCAACAAAAUGUCGCACGAAUCAAGUGGCGGACGACCUGCCGCAGACGUCCAUCAUCAUCACGUUCUGUGAGGAGUCGUGGUCCACCCUCCUCCGCACCCUGCACAGCAUCAUCAACCGAUCACCUCCCCAUCUCAUCAGGGAGAUCAUCUUGGUCGACGACUUCAGUAAAAGAGUCCACUUGAAGGGGAAGCUGGACGAAUACAUCAAGAGAUUCCCACAGGUCAGGAUCAUGCGCACUGCGAAGAGGGAGGGUCUCAUAAGAGCCCGGAUGUUGGGAGCAGCCGCCGCCAGUGGUACAGUCCUGACGUUCCUGGACUCCCAUAUCGAGUGUAACGUGGGCUGGCUGGAGCCGCUACUGGACAGGAUCAGACAGAACAGGACCAACGUCGUCUGUCCUGUCAUAGACGCCAUAGACGACAGGACAUUUGCGUACCUGGAAGCUCAGACCCUGCGAGGAGGCAUGGACUGGAAAGAGCUGAAGUUCGAGUGGAGAUCCAUUCCCUCGUUCCAAGCGUUGGGUAGGAAGGACCAAAGUUGGCCUAUCAUAUCCCCCACCAUGGCUGGCGGAUUGUUCUCCAUACAGAGGGACUACUUUUACGAGCUCGGCGCCUACGACCCGGAACUAUUUAUCUGGGGCGGCGAGAACAUAGAAAUCUCCUUCAAGAUCUGGAUGUGUGGAGGCCGGCUAGAGAUUUUGCCCUGUUCUCGCGUGGGUCACGUGUUCAGAAAGAGCCAACCGUACAUCUUCCCUGGCGGUGCCUUUGAAGUGUUCAGCCAUAACACCCGCCGAGUCGCCGAGGUCUGGCUGGACGACAAAUAUAAGAAGAUUUUCUACGCGCUGAUGCCGGAAGCUUUACACAUCGACUACGGCAACAUCACUGACCAGCUGGAGUUCCGACGUAAGUGUUGCCCGUUCAAGUGGUACUUAGAGAACAUCUAUCCCGACCUCGGGGUGCCGCAAAUCAACCUCCAGGCUGUCGGAGAGAUCCGGAACCUGGGCCAACAGGACGUGUGUGUGGACACGCUAGGCGGCGCGCACCUGGGGCUGUGGCCCUGUCAUGGGCAGGGGGAGCACCAGAGUUUCAGCUUAGACAAAAGCGGAACGCUGAAGUCCGGAUCGCUGUGUGUUAUACGGGAGGUGGGGAAGGACGGGGAGGUUCUGUCUAUGGGACUCUGCAAAAAGGAAAAUGUCAUGAAGUUCCAACAUCAGGACAAGGAGCUGAAAGAACUCGGAGACGGACCUCAUGUUUUGACCGGGCGCUGUCUGGACAUUACGUUUGGUGCUGGAGCACAGAAGUUCCUCCAACUCAACCCAUGCAACGGCGGCAAAUUUCAACAGUGGAAAUUCGGGCUGUAUCUGUGACCUCUGGUGGGAUUGAGUAAAACUGCAGCAACUCGUUUUUACAGAAUGUACUAGUAUUCAAUUUUGUGUUGGGCAUUUGUUCAUGAUCAUACGUCAUUGCUUCCAAUGAAUUUUAACUAUGAUGUAAACAUAAAGAGUGUUAGCUUUGUUUCGUUUCGCAUGGUUUGAUAUUUUGUUGCUUCCACUAACAAUGUGUUCAUACGAUACAUCAGUCUAACAUUAUUCUUGAACAAUAAACGUGGUUUAAAACA